CCUGGCAUCUCGCUGAUACGUCACUGAGGCCGUCAAACGUUUUAUAAUACCCGUGUUACGCAUCAAAGUACCAAUAUAAAACAAAAACGAGUUGAAACUUUUUAAUUACUAAGUUCCUAGUUCAUGUUUCGUGGUGGAAAUCUGAUCUGAAGUGUUUAGGUUAUGUUGUUAUGUGCCGCUGAACAGGAGUCGACCUGUCACUCUUGAAACAGUGUUGCAAACACGAUGAAGCAUCCCUUACGCAGUGGUCUGCAUCGGAGGAACUUUAUAAGCAACCAUGGUGACGAUAGCCCUAUAGACACGAUACGCCUAGUGUCCCCUAUCAAUAGAUUUGCCAUAUUCCAGGGCAACUUUAGCCAUGAUGACGAUGAUUACCCGGAGAAGCCAUAUAAACUCAAGACGAAAAUAGUACUCGCAGCGUUAGCAGUCCUAGUCUUCAUAUCAGCAUUAAGUGGAUACCUCAUCGGGAGUGCGGACUAUGCAUCACGGAGGGCGGCGGAGCCUCCGGAUCCAGUUGCACCUCUCAAACCCUCGGCUUCCCGUCUCCAUGUGUUCAAGAAAGCUGCUGUUUGCACAGAUGCUCCUCAAUGUUCACAAAUUGGCAGAGAAAUCCUCAUCAAGAAUGGGUCGGCGGUGGACGCGGCAGUGGCGGCCAUGUUCUGCAAUGGUCUCCUGAACCACCAGAGCAUGGGGCUCGGUGGUGGCUUCUUCAUGACGGUCUACCUGAAGGAUGAGGAGAAGGCCUACACUGUGAACGCGAGGGAAAUGGCACCAGGAGCCUCUACCGUCGACAUGUUCAAUGGAAGCUGGGAUAAGGCUGCGAAAGGUCCUCUCUCCAUUGGAGUGCCAGGCGAGCUCCGUGGCAUGUGGGCGGCCCACAAACGUUGGGGCAAGCUACCCUGGGACACCCUGAUAGCUCCUAGUUUGGAUCUGUGCAGGAAUGGCUUUCCUAUAUCCAAGGUCAUGCAUGAUGGACUCGAGGCGGCACCUUACAUCAAGAAUGAUCCUCAUCUUAGAAAAAUGUACUUCAACACGGCCAAAGGCCAGUUCCACAAGCCUGGCACGAUGGUGAAGCCCAGUGAAGCUCUCUGCAACACCUACCAGAGGAUAGCUGAGAACGGGGGCGAUGACCUCUACAACGGGACCCUGGCGGCUGAUCUCCUGGAUGACCUGGAGAGGGUCGGCAGCAUCAUCACUGCUGAGGAUCUGAGACAAUACGAGGCGAAAAUCACGGAACCCAUAGCGGUUCCGCUGAGCAAUGGAGACACUUUCUACUCCCCGCCCCCUCCCAGCAGCGGGGCUAUCCUGGUGAACAUACUGAACAUCCUCAGCGGCUACAACUUCACUGCAGCCAGCAUCAACUCCACGGAAGACAAGAUCCUCACCUACCACAGGAUCAUAGAAGCAUUCAAGUACGCGUACGCGACCAGAACGAAGCUAGGAGAUAGCGACUUUUUGGAUUUGAGUGAGCUCAUUCGCAACGUGACAACCCCGGAGUACGGCGCGGAGGUCCGGCUCCGCAUCAACGACACGUCCACCAGCAAUGACACUGCCACCUACGGAGCGGAGACUUACAACCAGCCUGAUGCUGGGACCGCUCACAUAUCCAUCAUUGCAGGCAAUGGUGAUGCCGUCUCGGUCACCAGUUCUAUCAACUUUUACUACGGUGCUGGUUUCUCGACCCUCAAAACCGGUAUAGUAAUGAACAACGUGAUGGACGACUUCUCAUCUCCUGGCAUCACCAACUUCUUCGGAUUGAAGCCGUCCCCAGCGAACUUCAUCGCUCCACACAAGCGGCCCAUGUCUUCAAUGAGUCCCAGUAUCAUUGUGGAUAGCAGUGGCAAUGCUAAACUGGUGAUCGGUGCUUCUGGAGGCACUAAAAUUACUACUGCUGUGGCUUUGGUGACAAUACGCAAACUCUGGUUCGACCAGACAAUAAAGGAAGCUGUGGACGAGGCUAGGAUACAUCAUCAGAUCACCCCGAUGCACGUGGAAUACGAAUUUGGAGUUACUGAGGACAUAGUGAAGGGUCUUCGGGCAAAAGGCCACGGGAUGGUUCGGUACCGCAGUCGGGGCUCAAUAAUCUGCGCGCUCUAUAGAAAUAGAACUGCUAUCUACGCCAAUGCGGACUUCAGGAAGGGUGGCGACGUUGCUGGCAUGGACUGAACUCCUGUGCCUAACUACACUCUAAGUAUUGCUAUCUUUAUGUCAUGAAUGGAACUUUCAAAUGAAUCUGUUAGUAAUGUAAGUUUGUAAGGAUACGAGCGCGUUUCUGUCGAUAUGAGAGCAUUUUUCGUUAAAAGUGGUUAAUAAUAAUGAUACUGGACUCAAUACAUAGAUAUAAUAAAGUCGAUUAUACAUACAGGGCAACGAUAUGUUGUAAAUUACACUCCAAAAAAAUUAAAAAUUUCGUUAACGUUUGCUGGCUCAAUAAAACACGAAACGUGCUCUCAUUUCAACUUUUAUAAUAUUAUGUGUGUGACAAGUGCAGAGAAAAAAGAAACUGUUAUUGGUUCAUUCAAGAAAUUUUAGGAGCUUGACCCGCCAAUCACAGUCCAUAAAUUUAAUUCUUUAGCUUGUUUAUAAUUUAAUGUUUUAAAUUACUCGAGUAGGCUCGAAGUAGAAACGUAAUUGGCGAUACAAUAAUAGUAGGCAUUAGGAAAAAUAUUAUCUACAAGAAAAAAAUGUGAUAAAUAAACGAUAGUCUAGGUAGGAUAUGAAAUAUGGCCGUCUUCCUAAAAAAAAUAUACUGUUGUCUACGAUUUCCAAAAUGGCGGCAAAUUGAAUUCAAUAAAUCAUCACAAAUCAUUUUUACAAAUCAAAUUAAAACAUAUUGGCUGAUUGAGAACAAUAAUUUUGAAAUAAAUGGGCUAGAUACUUAAUGAGUAUACCUAUUAUAACAUUAAAUUAAAUAAAAAAAUACAGAGAUACAGUGUUUAAAAAUAUGUAUUUUAUUAAGUUCCUAGACAUUUUCUAUUUUAUUAGUUACAAUCAUUACAAUACCUAAUUUAUACCCCAAAUAAGCCAAGAAGCAGAAUUUAUUUUUUUAUUAUUUUGGUACCUAACAAUAAUAAUGGAAAAUAUUACAAUAAAGAACCUUCACCUACAAACACAAUUACAAACCAACUAAAAGUAAAUCUUUAGUUGCAAACUACACCGUUUUUCCAGAAUUGAAGAUCAUUUUGUACGUUGCGAAAAAGAAUGAGUGUAAUGUAAUAGAGAGCAAGUUGAUUAUUCUCUCUUGUGUGCACAAAACUAGACUAAUUUCUGUUAUUUAUAAUAAUAUUUAUGUGUUUUUAUUCCUUAUCCAUGCAUUUAUUACUGCCAGUUAAUAAUUUUGUAUUACUGUACCUAAAACAUUUCAUGUUAAACUACAUUCCAUAAAAAACAUAGCUGUUAUGUUAUCAAAUACCUAGGUAGGUACUUAUUUGUUCUUAUUUCGGCAUCCAAUUUGUAUAAUUGUAUUGGAAUAGUAUUGUCUGUCUGAAAUGGGAAUGAACUGACUACUUAGUUAAAUAAAUGGUCACAAUAGUGUUUGCAAAAUAAACUUUUACCUAAGUGUU